GAAAGGAGGGACACAAGGACGGACAUGCACCGCCCUUGCUCUGGACUCAAAACCUUUCUCAAGAAAGUAGCAAACAUCGUUGGAUUCGCAACAACCUCAAGCGCGGCGUCAUCUUCGCCCUUACCUGUCUUAGCAGCUCCUGUUCAUUCCAAGCUCUCAUCUUCCGCCAUGGAUGAGCUCGAAACCCUAAAAACCCGCGUCUGCAUCAUCGGCAGCGGCCCUGCUGCUCACACCGCUGCAAUCUACACCGCUCGCGCCGAGCUCAAGCCCGUCCUUUUUGAGGGUUGGAUGGCCAACGACAUCGCCGCUGGCGGCCAGCUCACGACCACCACUGACGUCGAGAACUUCCCCGGAUUUCCCGAUGGCAUCCUCGGCUUUGAGCUCAUGGACCGCUGCCGUGCGCAGUCGGAGCGGUUCAACACCCGCAUUAUCACCGAGACGGUCACGUCCGUCGAUUUAUCCGCCCGCCCUUUCAAGGUCGUGUCGGAAUCGAAGUCCGUUGAAGCCGACUCGGUCAUCGUCGCCACCGGCGCCGUCGCCCGCCGCCUCAAGUUCACCGGCUCGGAGGAAUUCUGGAACCGUGGCAUCUCGGCGUGCGCUGUCUGUGAUGGGGCCGCCCCGAUCUUCCGGAACAAGCCACUGGCCGUGAUUGGCGGUGGGGACUCGGCAAUGGAGGAGGCCAACUUCCUGACCAAGUAUGGAUCGAAGGUGUUCAUCGUGCACCGGCGGGAUGCGUUCCGUGCGUCUAAGAUCAUGCAGAACCGGGCGCUCACGAACCCAAAGAUAGAGGUUGUGUGGAAUUCGGAGGUGGUUGAGGCUUAUGGAGAUGGUGGUAAGGGGGUUUUGGGGGGUUUGAAGGUGAAGAACGUGGUGAGUGGGGAGGUAUCGGAUCUGAAGGUGUCGGGUCUGUUCUUUGCAAUUGGGCAUGAGCCUGCAACGAAGUUUCUGAACGGGCAGCUGGAACUCGACUCUGAUGGGUAUGUUGUGACAAAACCGGGGACGACUCAAACGAGUGUGAGGGGGGUUUUUGCUGCUGGAGAUGUGCAGGAUAAAAAGUACAGGCAGGCGGUUACUGCUGCCGGCUCAGGUUGCAUGGCAGCUCUGGAUGCAGAGCAUUACCUGCAAGAGAUUGGAGCUCAGGAAGAAAAGACGGAUUGACUACUGUCUUUGGAUGGUGCAGAGGAGCCUUCAAAGAAACUGCCAAUGAAAGCAAAAGCCAAUCUAUAGUAGAAAGAAGAAGAAAGUAUCAGUAUCAAUUGGGUUGUGGUUUCUAGGAGUUUAUUUGUUUCAUAUUGAUUUCUCUCUGUUGAUUGGUUACGAAGCCGUAAUUUAUACGGAACAAAUCAUUGUUAGAAAUGAUAUUUAUCAAAGGAAUCCAUUUAGUAAUCA